ACCAAAAAGAAAAAAAAAAAAAAACAAGAAAAUGGACCCUUCUUAUCCCUCAACAUCCACACCACCAUCACCGCCGCCGCCGCCGCCACCACCACCACUAGACUACAACCAAUACCCACCUGAACCUCUAACCGAACGAGCCCUUCGUGCACUUGAACACCGUCUACGUCUCGUUCAUCGUUCCAAUUCCGACUUCUUCAUCUUGGGUGCUACAGGAAAUGUAUAUACCGUCAACCUCUCCCCUACUCCGUCAUGCACAUGCCCCGACCGUACCACCCCAUGCAAACAUAUUCUCUUUGUUUAUAUACGUGUUCUUUCCGUCUCAUUAGACGAUCCUUGUAUUUGGCGCCGUACUCUCCAACCGUGUCAACUUACACGUCUACUAAUGUCUCCAAUCUCACUUGAUACACUUGUUGGUGUCACGAUACGACAACGUUUUCAAGAAAUGUAUGUUCAACGUGCUACUACACACCCAGAUGGAAAGGCGCCUCCAGUACAGGCUGAAGAAGGGUCCACGUGUCCGGUUUGUUUGGAUGAGAUGGGAUCAUCAUCAGAGGCUCGGAAACUGGUGGCUUGUGCAACGUGUAAAAACCCGAUACAUGAAGAGUGUUUAUUAGCAUGGAAAAGAAGUAGUAGAAGAAGAUCGACGAGUUGUGUGAUAUGUAGAUCAAGGUGGAGAGAUCGAGCCGAAUUGGAGAGGUAUAUUAAUCUCUCGGCAUAUCUUAGCCAUGAUGAAGAAAAUAAUAAUACUGUCAAUCUUCAUGAUCAAGAUGGUGAAGAUUAUUGUGAUGAUGCUUUAGUUAACUAAUUAGUUUAAGUAGAGAUGAUUAUUAAUUUGGAUUUGUUGUUGUUCAGUUUGCUUGAUUAAUUUCAUGGGAUCAAUUUAGAUGUAAAUAUAACAUUCAUUGUUAUUUAGAGAUUCAUUAUUUA